GAAUUGCGAGUCAGCGGUUGUUUUUCUCCUCUCUGGCAUCGGAAACGUAUAGUUGACAUGUUGAUUGUUAUUUAACUUUUUUAUUUUUUAUUUAAGACCGCAUAGUUUGCAUUAAUGUUCCUGCGUGCUUACUAUUGGAUGUGACUUGCCUGGACUCAGGAUGAGGGACCAUGGAAGGCUGGACAGGUCACUUGUGAGGGAGCUGAAGUCUUGUUGCUCCGUGGAGGACAACUUUCUUCCCAGGAAGUCUGGUCUGAAGAUGAUGGAGUCCACUGAGAACGGCGUGUCGGCCAAAUGCAGAGACGCCCGAGUGGAGGAGCUGUGGGGUUUGACCAGCUUUUUUGGCUACAGCACCCAAACUUUUGCACAGGCUGUCAAUCUGCUGGACAGAUUUCUCACGAAUGUGAAGGCUCAGCCCAAACACGUGCCGUGCAUCGCCGUCUGCUGCCUCCACUUGGCGGCCAGCGUGACAGAGGAGGGCAGCAAUGUGGCACCUGGCCGCGAGCUCAUUCGCAUCAGCCAGAGCAAGUUCACCGAGUCGGACCUGCGCCGCAUGGAGAAGGUCAUUUCGGAGAAACUGGGCCCGGAGCCCAGGGCUGCGGUGACGGCCCUGACAUUUCUGCACCUCUACCACUCGGCCUUGACCUGCGUGUGCGCCGAGGGGGUGGAGAUCCCCGGCGUCGGGAGACUGGAAGCUCAGCUCAAAUCCUGCCUAUGUCGGCUGGUUUUCUCCAAAGCCAAAUCGUCCGUGCUGGCGCUCGCCCUCGUCGCCCAGGAGUUUGAGACCCUGCAGUCCCACGCCGCCUCCAAGAUUGUACAGCAACUGCAGAGACAUGCAAAGAUCAGCGACAGCGAGCUGCUCCACUGGCAGCAAGUGGUGGCCAAGCGCAUGAAGGAGUACCGCUCCAGUCAGUGCCACAAGCCCGACAACAAGAAGCUGGUGUGGAUCGUGUCCAGGAGGACGGCGCGGGGGCUCCACGCCGCUCAUUUCAGCGUCCCGGGCCUGCCGACCAUACCGGAGGGCGGCUGGGACGAGAGUGAAAGCGAGGACUCUGGCGAGGACACGAGCUGUGGCGAGGACAGUCCGUGGGGCUCGCUGGGCAGCAACGCCGAAGGAUCCUACUUUCCCGCUUCGUUUCCUUCAUCCACGCACAAAGCCACGCACCGAGCAGCCUCGUAACCACGACGCAGACCUGCACUUCGCCAUGAAAGUCAACCUCCAGGAUUUGUUACUACCAUGAAAAUGACAUGGUGCUUUAUAUGCAACAUGACAUUUUGGCAGCUUGGCGUCAUGUGACCUCAUGUGUCCGCACAUUCCAGCAACAAAUGUGCUAGCUCCUGUCCUUAAUAAUAAAACAAGUGUACCAUACAGUAUUAUGCAGGGUGGAUCCUGGGUGGAUCUCGCGUGAGUGGAAGGAGGGGGGGGCACAUAUCAACUGACUGAUGUUGUGGUCAAAGUUGGAAUUGCCACAAAACACAUUUUAAGAUGUUCAACACGCUACUGGCGGCUAUAUUUGAAUAGCGUCCCCCCCCCCCAAAAAAAAUGUGUCACGUUUCAUGUGUCAGGUAAAGCGUGACAAAUGUGGCCGUAUGAAUCCCCUUCUUACUGUGUGUUUUCAUUUUAAUGUGCAAUAAUGUGACUGAGAAAUCGUGUUUAUUAAGAGAGAAAAAUGUACAUAACUCGGAAACAAUGACGAAAAAACCUUUUGUGUGUGAAUGUAAGCCGGAGUGGAUGUUGUCAGAACAUUUUACAAUUAAAGUACUUUUAAUACUAUUUUUCUGGUCCGU